UCUUCUUCUUCUCCGCUCCUCGCCGCCGCCGCCGCCGCCGCCGCCGUAGCUACCUGAAGAUCCCCAAGCAUGGCCGUCGGGAAGAACAAGAGGAUCUCCAAGGGUAGAAAGGGAGGGAAGAAGAAGGUGGUUGAUCCUUUCUCUAAGAAGGAUUGGUAUGACAUUAAGGCUCCCUCAGUUUUCAGCGUCAGGAAUGUCGGGAAAACCCUUGUUUCUAGAACGCAGGGUACCAAGAUUGCCUCUGAAGGAUUGAAACAUAGAGUUUUCGAGAUAUCCCUUGCCGAUCUUCAAGGUGAUGAGGAUAACGCUUACAGGAAGAUCCGUCUCAGAGCCGAGGAUGUUCAGGGCCGGAAUGUGCUCACUAACUUCUGGGGCAUGGAUUUCACGACGGACAAGCUCAGAUCGUUGGUUCGCAAGUGGCAGACUCUGAUUGAAUCCCAUGUCGAUGUCAAAACCACCGACAACUAUACCCUCAGAUUGUUCUGCAUUGCCUUCACCAAGAGACGUGCCAACCAGGUGAAGCGUACUUGUUACGCUCAGUCCAGCCAGAUCCGUCAGAUCCGGAGGAAGAUGAGGGAAAUCAUGGUGAAGGAAGCUUCAUCGUGCGACCUAAAGGAGCUCGUGGCCAAGUUCAUUCCCGAGGCUAUCGGCAGAGAGAUUGAGAAGGCAACACAAAGCAUCUACCCUCUGCAAAACGUGUUCAUCCGUAAAGUCAAGAUCCUCAAGGCUCCGAAAUUCGAUCUUGGCAAGCUCAUGGAGGUUCAUGGCGAUUACUCGGCUGAGGAUGUCGGAGUGAAGGUAGAGAGGCCAGCUGACGAGACCAUGGCCGAGGAACCUACAGAAAUAGUUGGAGCUUAGAAGAAAGAUGAGGCUGCCGUCUCCUCUGUCUGAAAAAUACUGACACAGAAAAUGAAGAAUCGCAUCAUACACUACAAACAAACAGAGGUGGAAAGAACCUGACCAGAGAGAGCUACAAGAUGAAUCUGAAAAGUACUGGAGAUUGAAUUGUUGCAAGUCUCUCAUGGUACACAACUCAGUAGUAUCAUUCGGUUUCCACUGC